UCCAAGAAAGAAGACCUCCUCCUCUCUAUUUUCCAACCUCUUUUGCUAUAUUAUUUACUGCUUCCUUCUAGGAGUCUCUUACUUAGUGCGUUGGCACCAAAACCACCUCCAUUAUAUGUCUGUAUGCUAAGUAUAUUCUUUGCUUGUCCCCCCUCUUUCUUCUGGUCAUGCAAUGCAAGGUUGGAAGAGUUAGUGCAGCCUUCUCUAGAGUAGCAGCUGUGGGUUAUCACCUGUGAGUCAUUUUGGAAAGCCCCCUGCAACUUUCUUCAUCUUCUCUUUGCUUGUGAAAGAAAGAAGAGCUCUUACUUCAGGCCCACCAUGCAGUUAGAUCUUUCUCUCUCAGUUCCUCUUUAGAGGGGAUCUGUUUUUUUUUUUUUUCUAGAUUCACCAUGCUGUCAUUUGCAGAAGUGAGAUGGGUAGUCCAAGUCUGGAAGAAAACCUUCUGAGACAUGUAGUUAAUGUUGGUAUUUUAAUUCUUCCCUUGACUGGAAAAGUUGAAGACCUGUCUCCCACCCCCCCAACAGGAAACUGUGCAAUUGUCGCUUCUUUUGAUCAAGUAUCUUGUUAUCAUUCCUCAGAGUACAUGUCAAAAGUUGAUCUAUAAUAUGAAUAAAAAAAAACCCAUGGGAACUUUUCAUCCUUAUGUAUUUCCACAGCAUCUUCUUAUUGGCAUUUCUGCUCGCUCUUUUUUUUUUUUUGCCUGUUCUUUCCUUGAGAGAGGUUUUUUAACCUAAAGAAUUGUUUGGUUUUAGUUAAUAGCUCAUAACUGUUAUCUGCAUAGAUUUCUGCUUCUUAAUGCUUGCAGUGUUAUCCCUCUUUUUUUUCAUUUUUGUUAGUUUUUAGAAUGGUUUUCAUUCUCUUAUGUCUCUAACCUUGUAGUCCCAGGUAUCUGAGAUCAAAUUUAAGUAUCUACUUUAGUUCAUCUACUACUCUUUUUGACUUGCUUAAAAUAUUGAAGUGAGAAUCCACACAAGGUUCUUUAGAAUCUCAGUUGUCCCAAAUUCCAAUUUCCCACUGCCUUUCCAUUGAAACAAAAAUUAACAAGUGGGUUCAUUUUCCUUUUUGUUCCCUCGAUUUACAAUCCCAAGGAUUUCAGACCCAAAAAAUUCCAUAUCUGCUUUGGAUUUCUUCUGGUCUCCACAUCGCAAGAAGGGGAAAACAAAGAGGAAAUUAGUACGAAGAUGGAGAGAAUGGAUCUUUCUGGUCAUGCAGGAGAGGUCCAAAGCCCAGUAACUAGCAAAUAUGCUGGUGCUCAUGGCCACAGCCUCUCAAAUGACACUCCCUCCCUCCACCCUUCAUCAAAUGGUCCUCCUCGUCUUCCUCCUCUCUCCACCACCACCCCAGAGGCUCAGCAGCCCACUGCCCACAGCACCAAGAAAGGAGGGGCAGUGGUGAGGUACAGGGAAUGCCUCAAGAACCAUGCAGCCUCCAUCGGUGGGAAUGCCACUGAUGGGUGUGGUGAGUUCAUGCCCAGUGGUGAGGAGGGCACCCUGGAGGCCCUCAAGUGCUCGGCCUGCAGCUGCCACAGGAACUUCCACAGAAAAGAGAUUGAAGGUCAGUGCCGCCACCACCACCACCACCUCAAGGAAACAAAAUCUGUGGGCCACAAGGUUGUCCUCAUCUCAGGAGCUGAGACCUUUGGCUACAGCAACCCAGCAACUCACUGCCUCAUCCCAAGUCCAUUGCCACACCAAAUGGUCAUGCCUUUGGGUGCUCUCAUGGCCUCAGAGUCAGAUGAGAUGGAAGGAGCAGGAGGGGCAAGAGCACCCCCCAUGGGGAAGAAGAGGCUCAGGACCAGGUUUGCUCCAGAACAGAAGGAGAAGAUGCUGAGCUUUGCUGAGAGGAUUGGGUGGAGGCUCCAGAGGCAGGAGGAGAGUGUGGUGGAGGAGUUUUGCCAAGAGAUUGGGGUGAAGAGAAAAGUCCUCAAAGUUUGGAUGCACAACAACAAGCACAGCUUGGCAAAGCAAGAGCUGCCCCCAGCUUGAGUGACCACCACAGAUUACAUUCCAGUCCCAACUCUCUUUCUCUCUCUCUUUUUACUCUCUGUGAGUCAGGAAGGAGUUUCUAUUUGUCACUGCUGAUUAGAGAGGUGAGAUUAGAUGGCAGGCAUAUGACAUCCAUCUUUCUUUGUGUUAGCUUUAGUGCAUUUUCUUAGUUUCUUUGCUCUGACUGGCUAGUUGAUCUGGGUUAGAGAGUUUAGUAGGUCUGAGAUAUGGAUGGAUACACCACCACUUUCAUCAAGUGGUUUUUCUUUUCCAUGGAAUCUCAUUUAAAGAAGGGGGGACUGUCCUCCAAUUGCUGUUCAUUCUUCACUUUGCUUUUAUGUUAUGGUGAUGCUCUUUCAAA